GCAUACAGUGAAAUCUGCUUAAUUUUCAUGGAGGGUUAUUUCGGUGUGAGAAAAGGUGCAUCGACUAAAGAGGAAGAUGAACUUCUGAAACAGUUCAUCGAAAUUCAUGGAGAAGGCAAAUGGCAUCAUGUUCCUCUCAAAUCAGGCUUAAACAGAUGCAGGAAGAGCUGUAGACUGAGAUGGCUGAAUUAUUUGAAGCCGAAUAUCAAGAGAGGAGAGUUUGCAGAGGAUGAAGUUGAUUUGAUCAUCAGGCUUCAUAAGCUUCUAGGAAACAGGUGGUCUUUAAUUGCCGGAAGAUUGCCAGGAAGAACUGCCAAUGAUGUGAAGAACUAUUGGAAUACUUAUCAAAGGAAAAAGGAUCAAAAGACGGCUUCAUACGCAAAGCAACUGAAAGUUAAAUCUCAAGAAAAUACAAAAGCCACCACAAUUGUAAGACCUCGACCACGAACCUUCAUCAAAAGGUUCAAUUUUACGGAGAGAUAUGAAAAUAUAGAGCAUAAUCAUUCAGAAAUGAGUUAUACCAGUUCUUUACCAACAGCACCACCACAGACUCUACAAUUAGAAAAUGUAACUGAUUGGUGGAAAGAUUUCGCAGAAGACAGUACAGAGAGCAUUGAUAGAACAAUGUGUUCUGGUCUUAUUGGUUUGGAGGAUCAUGACUUCUUCACAAACUUUUGGGUCGAAGAUACGGUACAAUCGGCAAGCAAUGAUCUAGUCAACAUCUCCUACGUAUGACUUCUUUAAGACUUCCUGGUGCAUAUUAGUAGUUGCACUUCUUUUUCUUUUUUCUUUUUUCCUCUUUAUUUGGUUUCUCGUAUGUAUCUGGUUGUGCACUAGCUACUAGUAGGUUUCUAUUGUAUUUCGGUUAAAUAAGAGAUUGCACAAAUACGUACGUAGAUGGAGUAAUAUAUAUGGUUUUGCAGCUGAGGAGUUUAUACGUCGAUCUUCAGUGAGAAGAAGCCUAAUUCAUACAAUACACGAUGUAAUCGAUCUUCAAAAACCUCGAGACACACAUAUAUGAUUCAGUUAGGGCAUGCAUGUAGGUCAGUGCAGCUGGGUUCAAUACUAGCUAGGGCUUAACAAAACCAAAAUACUAUCUCAUCUAUGGAUAAAUUGGUUUGGCAUUGAAUAAGUAAUACAAUCAUUUGC